CAACACAAUCCCGAAGAAGAAGCAUUUUGACGUUUCAACAUGCAUGUGAUUUGUAUAUCCGAUCUAGUCGUCUAUAUUCGUUUUCAGUCGGUAGUUUAGCUUUCUGUGUUUGUCUUGUUCUUUCUAAACCUCAUCACGCUGCGUCUGGUGUGGAGAGAGGACUACCUAACCAGCCAGUGAGAUAGAUGUGCAGUAGCAACAACAAGGAUCGUGUCAGAUGAUGGGCUUUUUAUUUUGUUUCACUACGAAUCAAAUCUAACCAAAAGCUUAAAUUGUUACAAGAAAAAGUAGACAGCUGUUGUGUAUAGAAUAGCACAGAAGACUUCGUUUGCAGCUUGUGGUUUUACCCACACCCCCUCUGAUCGGAUACAAAACGAACAUCAGGGAAAAUGGCGGACUUUGAGAAGGACGAAGGACUGCCCCAAACAAUGCAGGAGAACCAAGAUGACGAGGAGCCUCAAUAUACUGAUGACGCUAAGCCAAGCAAGACGCAAGACGACGCAAGUUUGGAGGAAAAGGUAAUUGAAGAGGUCAGAAGGUACAACAAUUUGUACAACACCUCAUUGAAAGACUAUAAAGACUUCACCAUGACCAACAACAGCUGGAAGGAGAUAGCCAAAACUCUGAGAGUAGAAGAACAGAUUUGCAGGACGAAAUGGAAGAACUUGAGAGACCGAUAUGUUCGACUGAGGAGGAAAAUGAAGGGGAAGAGUGGGGAUGCAGCAUCAGAAAUACAACCACAAAUACUCACCACACUGUCCUGGUUGUCUGGCUUCAUUAAACACAAGGAGGAGAAGGCAGAGGAGAUGGACACCUCAGAAGACCUGCAAGAUGACAACCCGAUCAAGCAGGAAUGCUUCCACAGUUCUAAUAAUGAGCUGCAAGAUGGACAUUUUGUAGUUAGGAGUAAAAUACAAGCUAGAGCUCCUGGAAAAAGGACACCAUCACAUAGCAAAACAACGCAGGAGAAGGAAGAGGAGCCCCUAGAUACUGAUGACUCUGAUGAUUGGAUCGAGGGUUUCAGUCCUGGAGGAGAGAAGCCUCACUACUGCUCCGACUGCAGUAAGCGCUUUAGAAAAGUGAGGGAUCUUAUAAGACACCAGCGAUCACAUACUGGAGAGAAGCCUCACCACUGCCCUGUUUGUGACAAAAGUUUUGCUCAAUUAGAUAAGCUUAAAUUACACAAAACGAGACACAUGAAAGAGGAACAUGUCACACGGAUCGAACAGGCUGAACUGAAUGUAGACCGUGUGCACACACUGCAGAGAACAGCCAGCAGAGGCAGGCAGAAGAGUAAAAUUCGAGCUAGUGCACCAGCGGAAAAAAUGGUCCAGUCACAGGCAGGCGAAGACUCGCCUUGCAAAAGUUCUGUUAGAAAGAAUAAACACUUAGAAAAAGGACAACAACUCCAAACAACGCAGGAGAAUGAAGAGGAUCCUGAAAGUACUUCUGAUAACUGGACCGAGAGUUUCAGAACUGUAGAGAAGCCCUACGUCUGCUCCGACUGUGGUAAGAGCUUCAAACAAGAGAAUCGUCUUAUAAGACAUCAGCGAACACAUACAGGAGAGAAGCCUUACGACUGCCCUGACUGUGACAAAAGUUUUGCCCGAUUAGAUAAUCUUAAAUUACACCAAAAAACACACAUGAAGGAGGAACGUAAUUUCCACUGCUCUGACUGUGUGAAAAGCUUUGUCCUAUUGGAGCAGCUUGAAAAACAUCAGCUAACACACACGAAAAGUUACAGCUGUUCAAAGUGUGAGGAAAGGUUUUCAGACCUGGUUGACUGGAAAGCACACUUUUUAGUACACAGAGAGAUCCUCCACUGUCCUGACUGCGACAAGCAGUUCUUGUACAAGGGACUUUUUGAAAGACACAGAAGAACACAUUUGAGAAAAAUAGAAACAUUUCUCUGCACAAUAUGUGGGAAGGAGUAUCGCAACAUCAAAAUACACAUGCGAGUACACACUGGAGAGACACCGUAUCACUGCACUGAGUGCGGGAAGAGUUUUCCAUACAUAAAAUCGUACCAAAGACACAUACUAACACAUACCUCUGGAGAAAGAGCAACCUAUCCUUGUUUGGAAUGCGGAAAGACAUUUACUCGCAAAGAUGGCAUGGUGAUGCAUGUGAGGAGGGUUCAUACUGGAGAGAGAAAUCAUCAGUGCAGAUACUGUGGAAAACGAUUCUUUCGAAAAGAGAAACUUAAGGUACACAUGCUAGUUCACACUGGAGAGAAACCAUACCAAUGCUCUGUCUGUGGGCAACGCUUCUCCCAAGAUGGCGACAGAAAACACCACGAGAAGAGGCACUACUCUGGUGUCUCAGAUUUCCUCGAUCUAUAAUGCAGAAGUGGUGUUUGGCAUUGCAGGAAGUGAGAACCUACCUAAUCACUGACAUAAUCUAAUAAUCUGUUAACUAAAAUGUUAACAGAUUAUUAGGAUUUACAAAACCCUAUUGUUGUACCUUCUGACCUCUUCAAUUAUCUUUUCCUCCAAACUUGUGUCGUCUUGCGUAAGAUUUACAAAACCCUAUUGUAAUGGGAUUUUUAAUGUUUGUGGUUUUCUUAUAACUAAUUUCUGUGUUCUAUUCAUGUGCUGAUCUAGAAACCAAUUUCUGUGUUCAACCAAUUUCAAGUGGUUGACUGAACAAAUCCUCUUAUCAGUAACUGCAAUUUGGCAGUACACCCAGACCUUGUUUUGAGAACAAACAAAAGAUAUCUCAGUUUCAAAGUCUGAGUUUAGAGAGAAGCCUCGUGAGGUGUUGGUCUGUCACAUGUUAUGAACCAGUAUUGGUCGGUCACAUGAAUGAAACAAAACAGUAAUGAUGAAUUAAUUAUGCUAAAUCAUGCAAAUAUAACUUGUCUGUGUACAGCCAUAUAUAAGACAAUUGCUGGGACUGCCCAAAAAGAGCUCCUGGUUAACAUGUAUGGUGCAUUGAGUUAGUUGGAACCUCUCCAGUGCGCUGACAAAUGAACAAUGAUUCAUUUAGUCCCUGUGUAAGAAUUUCCACAAAUAAUUAGUUGCACCUGAAUUUGACCCUGAAAAUAGUACUAUUAUAUAUUUUCCCAAAAAGCUUUUAAGCAAUUAACAAUGUGUGCAGUAAUUUAGAUUGGACUCUGUGCCUCGCUAGCAGUAAUAGAUAUCUGCAUGCAGGCAGCCUGCUUGCUGGAGUGCAUCGGUCAACAUUCCAUACAGCAGUUGGGACAGAGCAGGUAGUCUACACAACAAAACAGCUGGAAAACAAAGACAGUUUCUCAAAAUGUACACAAAAAACUAAUAAAAGAUUUGACUGCUGUGGUA